CUUUUGCUUCAACAGCGACGUGUUUGUGUUUUUGUAUUCGAUCGCGAUCCUCCUGGACGAAGACGUGGCGAUGGUGUACGCGCGGGUCGUGACGCGGUGGUAUACCAGCUCCGCGUACGAAACGUGGAUGGAGCUGCGCCUGCUGGCGUUGGCGUUUCGAUGGCUGUGGCUGAAUCUAGCGAUCUUGAAGCUGCUCAAGUUUCUGUGCAACAUGGUCGCGUCGUCCCGUUGUUGCGCUCGCGUUGCGGACCCCGUUUAUCGAGCACGGCAACUCGAUUCGAGUCGACGUGUCUUCGACGACAGAGGACCUCGACACGCUCUUUGUCGAAUUCGAGCACAGCUGGUACCUCCGCGGGCUCCCGUCGGUCCUGUUUCUCAUGGUGGGAAACCUCGUCGUGGUCCUGUUGCUGGACCACGUGUCAAAUAGAGGGUGGUGGCGCCUCCUCGCACGCAACUCGUUGGCGCGGCAGCUCAUGUACAAUUCGACUUCGAUCUUGUGCGAGAUGAAGCAUGCUGGCAUUGUCGACAGCAAGUACAGCUCGACCUUGACGAUACAAGUGAGCACGCUGUGCACGCUCCAGUGGUUCCUCACGAGCCAUCUCGUUCGAUUUGGGUUGCCCGAAGAGCCGUCGCUGCUUCGUCGACUCUCGUCCAUUGCCUCCGUGAAGAAAGGUGCCCGACAUAGCACGGGGGCUACGUCCGACAAGGGCUCCAUGCCAGCCCAACGGACCCCUCAAACAAAUGCAACGACGGGGAUUCCCUCGACGACAGCCAUCGUAGACGCCACCAACACAGAUCACGACCAUGUCCCCCCAGACAAUGAAGAGCUCUUUUUGGUCGCACAAGACCACGAAGGCAACGUGCUCGCAUAUGAUUCGUGCAAGCGGGAAGUUCUAGCUGCGGCUAUGGAUGGAAAGGUCGCGUUGGGUGUGGCGUUGCGCAUUCAAUAGCGACAUUUGGCUUCGUCGUGCGGGCGACGGCAUGGAUGUCCAAGCCUCGAGAAAGGGGCUCGUUAUUCGAGUACUGCUAGGGAUAUGCUUUGAAGUGAAUCUAGAAACUUGAGAUGGAAA